AGGGCUGUAUAAAUAAAAAUCACACAAGAAAGCGGGCGGCACGAAGGAUAGUAAAAUAAAAUAAAAUACCGUUAUAUCCACCAAUGGUUUGUUAUGUCGGUGGUGCUGGAGGCUGAAGAGGGGAUUAGCAAGUCAUGAACUGGAGUGGACCGUGAAGUCAUCAACAUCCAAUGCCCACUCCGGUAUCGUCAAAAGAACCAAACCUCUUCUCUUCACUCCUCCAUCUACAAACACAAUGACACCCGGCCCAAGCUGCCGGCAAUGGAGAGUCUCCCCUCCCAUCGCCAGUUCCUAACAACUCUUAUCAAUUCCGUCUCCGACAUCGCUCCGCCCGCCGACGCCGCAUUGUCACCACCAGCCCCUCCAUCCUCGACUACUCCGUCGCCCCUGCAAGCCAUCGCGCAGGCCCAGCGCCCCCUGCUGCUGACCCUGCACGUGCUUUUCCCAAGCCUCCUCCUCCCGGCGCUCGACCUUCUUGACCGCGGGCUCGUCACGCGGCUGCGUCGUGCGGAGGCGGGCGCCUUGGGCAAUGACGCCGAACAGGAUGGAUCUGUAGACGGGGCCAAGGACGCCGCCGCUGGAGGAUCAAGCGAUGGCAUUUUCCUCGUGCGGUCACUAGCCACGACGCUGACGCGCCGGAAUCGCGAUGUCGCCCUCUCGUCGCAGCGUUACAGCGUCCACCUCGGCGUGUGGAACUGCUCCUGCGCGAGCUUCGCGUUUGACGCCUUCCCGAGCCAUCCAGGACCAGCUUCAGAACAGGAGGACGCGUCGCAGCUUUCGGGGCGGUGGUCGUUUGGCGGAGCGAGCCGAGACGGGCUGAGUGUAUCCGCUGGCGAUGUGCCAUGCUGUAAGCAUCUCCUCGCGUGUCUACUGGUUGAAAAGUGGCCGAGCAUGCUAGGACAGUACGUUGAGGACCGGGAUACCUCGAGGGAAGACAUGGCGGGCAUCGCUGCGGAAAUGUAACGAGGCACUGGAUGCGUUGUGAGAUGGACGUCAAGGCGGUGGCUGGCAUGUAUUAUCCCCGCGACCUCAUCUAGUAAUCCGACAUGAUAUGCUCAA